GUCCCAGGUGCUGCGGCUGGAGCAGAGCCGCCGCACCGGGGUCAUGUUCCCGCUGCAGAAGCUGGAGCGGUACCUGGCGCCCGGCACCGACACGGCGUGGUUCCACAUCUUCGAGCCCGGGCUGGGCGCCCUGCAGCGCGCCGAGGCGCUCUUCAGGUCCGGCCAGGGCCACCCCAUCGACUACGUGAGCUCCGCCGUCCGCAUGGACCACGCCCCGCCGCCCACCCUGCCCGAGGUGUGCUUCAUCGGCCGAAGCAAUGUGGGGAAAUCAUCUUUAAUCCGGGCCUUAUUUUCACUGUCUCCAGAAGUGGAGGUCAGAGUGUCAAAAACUCCGGGCCACACCAAGAAGAUGAAUUUCUUCAAAGUAGGGAAGUACUUUACUCUGGUGGAUAUGCCAGGAUACGGCUACCGUGCCCCGCAAGACUUCGUGGAGAUGGUGGAGGCCUACCUGCAGGAACGGCGCAACUUGAAGAGGACUUUUCUGUUAGUUGAUGGUGUAGUUGGACUCCAGAAAACAGAUCAUAUUGCAGUAGAGAUGCUGGAAGAGUUUGGAAUUCCUUAUGUGAUGGUGUUAACCAAAAUUGACCGAGCUGCCCGGGGACUGUUGUUAAAGAAUGUACUGGGGAUCCAGGAGUUUGUAAAGGAGAACACUCAGGGAUGCUUUCCUCAACUGUUCCUGGUCAGUUCUGUGGAGUUUUCAGGAGUUCACUUGCUAAGGUGUUUUGUAGCCCAUGUUACUGGAAACCUGGCUGCUGUAGAGACCAGCUGAAAAGACUGACUCCUGAUCUGCUCAGCUCAUCUGGAACAAAAGUAGGUGCAGUGAGAUAACAUGCCUUGCUUGCAUACAUCGAGUUGUCCCUGUUCCAGAUGGGUGAAGGAAAGGACACAUCUUCAGUGGGAUCUACUUUUCGAUCACUGUUGGCUUGAACAGUGAAAUGAAAGACUGGCCAUCUAGAGGAAGCCUCUUUUUCUGCACAUUAUCAUCAGUCAGUGCUGCAUUUACUUUCUGUUCUCGAUCCAGCAUGAAGUUCUGCAUCUGCACUCGGAUGAAUUGCCAGAUCU